AUGUCAUCUUCUAUUCAAUACGGCGCCGACGGCCGACUAUACUACCAGGCAAGCGAUGGGCAAUGGUAUCCCUACACGGAACCAUCCUACACGAAUGCAAACCAAGUGUCGACGCAGCCAUACCAUCAAGCCCAGUAUGGCGAGCAAUGCCCAAGCUAUCAUCAGCAUGAAGACAAUGCAGCAGAAGCUGGGAGCUUCCAUGGAGACUAUGACGACGACGACCACACUGCGGCUUCCUCAUCUGCUCAAGGUGGACCAAAUGAAACUGCCAACUAUUUGAAGAAGCAAGAGAAAGAACGAAGACAUCGGGAGAAACUGCGGGAAGGUGGUCGAUCAACUCGCACUAGGCACAAGAGCAACACCAAGAAAAAGAUUGAGGAGACUCUGAAGCCACUCUAUAAGAGCAAGUAG